GAUCGCUUCCUGAGCACCGUUCUUGUCGAUCCGAAAAUCAAAAUACCAGCGUGAUAUUGCUUCGAAGAUGAAGCAGUUAUGUUAUUUGAUUCGCACUUCACAUUCGAGUCGAAGCUUGGGUGGCACAGGUUAUUUCUUACGGUGGAAUCGACGAGGGGAAUUCGAACACUAGUUGUAGUGUUUGAAUUGUUGGAAGAAAUGGUCGCAUGGGGAUGUAGGAAUGAUCUACCUGCUUGGUUUAUAUCUGGUACGCUUCAUGUUGACAAGUCCCUCAAAAUAGCAGCCAAACUUAGAGAUUGCCGAAAAUUAGAUAACAUCAAUGGCGCUACGGUGCAAACGCAUAAAAGUGGAGCCGGCUGAAGCUCUAACAUUAGAGAGCACUAGCGAGGGAUUGCCUGAGUGUGGAGACAGUUUACCACUCCAGUUACAAAAAAAAGAGCCGUUAUUUCAUAAUUUGCAUUCCAUCCCAGAAGAAACCGGCUCUAAAGGAUUGUCCAAGAGUUCGGGGAGUUCUGUGAAAGAUGAGCUAGAGCUGCAGUUCAUCAACCAAAUCCAAAGGGCUUUCCAUUCUUUACGGGUGCUAGUUAUUGUUUUCGUGGCUAUUUCAGUUGUCUCACUUUCGCUGAACAUAUGGGUUAUCACCAGCGUUCUUGGCCGAGGACAUAGCGAUGAUGAUUACAGGGUCGACACUCCACAGCAAGGAAAAUAUGUCGGCGAAAAGGAGACGGGGCUUUUGGGAAUUCUAAACGAAACCAAGCAGGAAAUGAAAGAAAUACAAGAUAGGCAAAACAGAGAAACCGCUAGAGGAAAUACCUCUGCAUGUGACGAGAGCUUCUCCGGAAAUGCUCAAAGAUAUCUUAAUAUCACACAUCAACGACUUGAAAGACUGGAAAAUCAGUCACGAAGUUUAAUUGACGAAGUCAAACAUAUAAGAAAGAUGGCAGAGAACUUCUCAGACACCGAGUUGAAGAUCAGUAAACGUUUGCCUGGUGUUUCCGGCAUUCCUGGCAUUCCAGGUGUCAAUGGAUCGCAAGGUCCCAUUGGUCCCAAGGGUGAGCAGGGCAUUAAUGGCUCCCAAGGCAUCCAAGGCCCUGCCGGACCAGCGGGGCCAAGAGGUUUACCUGGUGUUUCCGGCAUUCCUGGCAUUCCAGGUAUCAAUGGAUCGCAAGGUCCCAUUGGUCCCAAGGGUGAGCAGGGCAUUAAUGGUUCCCCAGGCAUCCAGGGCCCUGCCGGACCUCCAGGCGGUUAUGGGUCCCAUGGGGUACCAGGGCCUCCCGGCCCGCCAGGACCUCCCGGCCGGCCAGGGCCUGGAAACCUAAGUUUGUGUUCUUACAAAGAAAAACCGAGCGGCGGUGUUACCAAAGGUGACCGGGCACGCGCUACAGUUACUGUAAAGGAGCUGCAGGUAAGUGUCUCUUUUUUCUAAUCAUGCAAUAAUUUUUGAUUAAGUAUCUUUACUGUCCAUGAACUAUUCCUAAAUGGAAAAAAACGCCCAGUUACUCCUCUCCUCAAAGCUCAUUUGUAAAGUAGUUAGGAGUAUGUGAUUUAAUUUCAAGGAAAAACAAUUCACCUGAUCAGUAAGCACUCGCCAUCACUGGAAAAGUUGUUUUUCGUUGCUUCCAUUUGCAGGACGUGAAGAUUAUUGGUGUGACUUGUUCAUCGAACGAUGCUGUAGUGCAUACCUUAAAAAGCCAAGUCAACGGAGGAUCCCAAAACUUUAUUUGCCUUUGUCGAGGAAGUAUGAACACAAUCGGUGUCGACAAAAUGUUUUGUUAUAUCCACUAUUGGGAAUGUCGCUUGAUCACUUAAAAGACACAGCUUUAUUUUUGUCUUAUGA